UGUUGUAUCCCGCGUUGAGUGGUUGGAGAAGGAAGGUUCUUACUGAAAAGUGGUAAAAAGAAAAUUGGGAAAAGAAAGAUAUUCUUUUUUUUUGCAUCAAGAACGUUACCCUCAAUCAUCAUCGUUGCCCACCCCGCGAGAGAGGUGUCUCACAGGAAAUGAAAGAUACUUUGCAAGCAGUUGUCGUUUUGGGUGUCAUUGUGACCCUUGUUGGGGGUCAGCAGGGAUGUGAUUUCAGGCAGAACCUUCUUCCCGGUAGGAGUUAUGAUGUCUUCUCCCCCGGCUUCCCGAAUAGAUAUACUGGAGCACAGAAUUGCCGAUGGACAGCCAUUGCUCCCGCCGGAAUGAUCGCUCAUAUUCAGUGCAACAUCAUUGAUCUACCAAUCAGUACAAACUGUGUGAAUGACCGACUUCUCAUCUCACGGGAGGGACUCGCAACCCUUGCUGGAGCAGAUACCUUCUGUGGUAAUACCCAUGUGACGCAGGAAGCUUUUGGCAGAACUCUCGUUGUGGGUUUAAGGACUCCCCGAACAUCUCGUGGUGGACGCUUUCUCUGCACCAUCACAGCAAGGGCAUGCCAAUGUGGUCAGAGACGUUCGACGAGAAUUGUUGGUGGCACCCAGACGGGCGUAAAUGAAUUCCCAAUGAUGGCGGGAUUAGUGGAUUCUCGGAUUAGAACUGUGAUUUGCGGUGCAACGAUAAUUUCUCACAGACAUGCUCUAACUGCUGCCCACUGCACGAGAAAUGUUCCUGUACGUAAUGCUGGACUCCUUGUUGGUGAGCAUGAUUUGAGUGUUGGGCAUGAGACACCCCACACGCGUCUCCUCACUGUCGCACGAUUUAUUGUUCAUCCAAGCUAUGCGCCCAAUCCCAGUCGCAAUGACAUCGCCCUGGUGCAGCCACAGACCAAUAUUGUCUUCAGCCCUGGUGUGGCGCCAGUCUGCCUCCCCUUUGACCAGCGGACAAACACCUUUCUGGGUGCGCGGGUGGAAGCUACGGGAUGGGGAACGUUGGAUUUUGGUGGGCCGACAAGUAAUCGCCUCAUGAGGGUAACAUUGGACGUUGUGGCGAAUUCUGUUUGCACUUCGAGGCUCAAUAAUCCCAAUAUUCUGGCAUCGCAUUUGUGCACAUUUACACCAGGAAGAGAUACCUGCCAGUACGACUCGGGUGGUCCUCUCAUGUGGACGAACCCUCGCAAUGGACGCCUCUACUUGGCUGGCGUUACGAGCUUUGGAAUUGAAUGUGGAACACAUCCAACUGCAAAUACACGAACUACGAGCUUUCUAGCUUGGAUUGAGCAGAAUACCCCCGGGAUUGAAUACUGCAGACCCUAAAAUUUUUCCCCGUGCCAUGGACAAUAAAGAAAACUUUAUUCCACACAA